AUGAGCAGAAGGCGGUUGAAAACUCUCCUCUGGCAAUCAAUUUCCGCCAUAUCUCCGUCCCCUCUGAAGUCCAACCCAUUUUUCUCCACAAACCCAUCACAACCAUUCCCUUCUCCAUUCAAAUCCUCCCACCAAUGUCUAAAGCUUUGCUUUCCCAGAUUACUUUGCACUUCUUGGCAGGACAAUCUCGAUGGUCUGUUCGAUCCCAACUAUUUGUUCAAGCCGGAGAGUUCUGGAGUUGAGUCUAUUUCAGCAGAGGAAUUCGCCUCUCUGCGCGAUUCGGUGUUGGAUACCAGUGCUGGUGGUGGGUCUUCGAUACCAAAAUUUGAAUCAGCUAAGUUUUCUAACAAUGCCAUUUUGAUUUCGAAUGCUAUCAGGAAUAAUAAUGAUGAGUUUGAUGAACCCAGAAGUUUCUUAGGUAAACAAAUUGGGUAUAGUCACACUGCUCCUGUGUACAACGCGCUGUUAGAGUUAUUGGAGUGUGGUAAUAAGAGGGUAGCGGAACAUUUUCUGCAAGAAAUUAAGGGUGAUGAUAGAGAGGUGCUUAGGAAGUUGCUUAAUGUGUUGAUUCGGAAGUACUGCCAAAAUGGGUUGUGGAAUGUAGCUUUGGAAGAGCUGGGGAGGCUUAAGGAUAUCGGAUACAAGCCAACUCAAGCAACUUACAAUGCUUAA